AUGCUCGAGUAUUAUAAACUCCUCUCGGGUCGCCGUUUGGGAACCGUUGCGGGUUUUCAUUCUUUCAAUCUUUCAACACAACACAAUCCACCCAUCUUUGCUAGCCACCAUUAUUAUAUCGUUAUGCUCAUCGCGGAGCUGAUCCAGAUUUUGGGCCGGGAGGCAACGGACCGUCCGAUUGAGUUUCUUUCCAAGGGCCUGGCAGUAACCCUUUUGGUAUAUGUCAUAGUGAAUGAGGUUUUCAGGUCAAAGGCUCGCCUUUCCACCUUCAACGGGCCAAGAGGGUUUCCCCUUAUUGGGAAUCUAUAUCAAGUUCGCCACGACGCCGCCGAGAAAUAUCGAGAGUGGUCCAAGGAAUUCGGUGCAGUUUAUCAGGUCCAACUUGGUAACAUUCCGGUCUUGGUCGUAAACAGCGCUGCCGCCGCCAAAGUUAUUCUUGGUCACAACUCACAAGCGGUUGCCUCGCGCCCCGAGCUGUAUACAUUUCACAAGGUCGUCGAUCAGAUCGUGGCAAAUACUGCCGGUACUACUAUAGGCACGUCUCCAUACAAUGAGUCUCUCAAGAGACGCCGGAAGGGGGCAGCGUCGGCCCUCAACCGCCCCUCCAUAAAGACUUAUCUUCCUCAUCUGGACUUGGAGACGAAAGACUUCCUCAAGGAUGCUUUCAUUUACGGGAAAGCGGGAAAGGUGCCUGUAGACCCCAUGCCCCUCGUCCAAAGACUCAGCCUUUCGCUAGCUGUAACCCUUAACUGGGGAUUCCGAUUCCCAAGUCACGAGAAUCCCUUGUUCAAGGAGAUUAUCGAUGUCGAGGUCAACAUUAGUCGUUUCCGAAGCGUUACGGAUAACUUGCAGGACUAUAUCCCUCUUAUGCGAAUGAACCCCUUUUCAGCAGGAACACGCCAGGCUGUAGAGAUGAGACGUCGCCGAGAUAUUUAUCUCUCAAAGCUGAACAAUGACCUGAAGGAAAAGGUUCAAAAUGGCACAUACGAACCUUGUAUCCAGGCCAACGUUAUGCUCGACGAGGAGGCAAAGCUGGACGACGUCGAGUUGACCUCAAUCAGCCUCACAAUGUUAUCGGCCGGGUUUGAAACGUUCUCAACCGUCACAACGUGGGCGAUAGGGUUUUUGGCACAACACCCUGAGAUCCAGCAGAAAGCCUUCGAAGCCAUUCAAGAGUUCUACGAUGUGACAAACCCUCUCUGUGAUGUCAACGACGACCAAAACUGCCCUUAUAUCAGGGCCCUGGUCCGCGAAAGUCUUAGAUAUUUCACUGUUCUCCGGCUUUCUCUCCCACGCGCAACAAACAAGGAUUUUAUGUUCGAAGGAAAGUUGAUUCCCAAGGGGACGAUUAUUUUUCUCAACUCCUGGGCUUGCAACAUGGAUAGAGAGCUCUGGGAAGACCCUGAAGUAUUCCGACCCGAGCGCUGGUUGGAGUCUCCCGAAGCGCCAAUGUUCACCUACGGGAUGGGGUAUCGGAUGUGUGCGGGAACUCUGCUGGCAAAUCGCGAAUUGUAUCUGACCUUCCUCCGAAUGCUCACCAGUUUCAAAAUCUCAACGAAUGAAGCUAUCGACUCAAACCCCCUCACAGGAGUUGCGGACAAGAGAAAUCUGGUCCUUGCGCCAAAGUCAUACCAUGUGACAUUCACCCCACGCAACGAAGAGGCUCUCAGAGCGUCUUUGAAGCUUUAA